CGCCGGCCCCAUGCCCGCCGGCCGCCCGGGCCCCGCCGCCCAAUCCGCGCGGCGGCCGCCGCCGCUGCUGCCCCUACUGCUGCUCUGCGUCCUCGGGGCGCCGCAAGCGGGAUCAGGAGCCGACACGGCUGUGAUCAGUCCCCAGGACCCCACGCUCCUCAUCGGCUCCUCCCUGCAGGCCACGUGCUCAGUGCACGGGGACCCACCAGGGGCCACCGCCGAGGGCCUCUACUGGACCCUCAACGGGCACCGCCUGCCCCCUGAGCUGUCCCGAAUGCUCAACGCCUCCACUCUAGCCCUUGCCCUGGCCAACCUCAACGGAUCCAGGCAGCAGUCGGGGGACAACCUCGUGUGCCACGCCCGUGACGGCAGCAUCCUAGCCGGCUCCUGCCUCUAUGUUGGCCUGCCCCCAGAGAAACCCUUCAACAUCAGCUGCUGGUCCAAGAACAUGAAGGACCUGACAUGCCGCUGGACGCCGGGGGCCCACGGGGAAACCUUCCUCCACACCAACUACUCCCUCAAGUACAAGCUGAGGUGGUAUGGGCAGGACAACACAUGUGAGGAAUACCACACGGUCGGACCUCACUCUUGCCACAUCCCCAAGGACCUGGCUCUCUUCACACCCUAUGAGAUCUGGGUGGAGGCCACCAACAGGCUGGGCUCGGCCCGCUCUGAUGUGCUGACACUGGACAUCCUGGAUGUAGUGACCACCGACCCCCCGCCAGAAGUGCACGUGAGCCGCGUAGGGGGCCUGGAGGACCAGCUGAGCGUGCGCUGGGUUUCACCGCCUGCCCUCAAGGACUUCCUCUUCCAAGCCAAGUACCAGAUCCGCUACCGAGUGGAGGACAGCGUGGAUUGGAAGGUGGUGGACGAUGUGAGCAACCAGACCUCCUGCCGCCUGGCGGGCCUUAAGCCAGGCACCGUCUACUUUGUGCAAGUGCGCUGCAACCCCUUUGGCAUCUAUGGCUCCAAGAAGGCAGGGAUAUGGAGCGAAUGGAGCCACCCCACGGCUGCCUCCACCCCCCGAAGUGAGCGCCCGGGCCCGGGCGGCGGGACGUGCGAGCCGCGGGGCGGCGAGCCGAGCUCGGGGCCGGUGAGGCGCGAGCUCAAGCAGUUUCUGGGCUGGCUCAAGAAGCACGCGUACUGCUCGAACCUCAGCUUCCGCCUCUAUGACCAGUGGCGAGCCUGGAUGCAGAAAUCACAUAAGACCCGCAACCAGCACAGGACGAGGGGAUCCUGUCCUCGGGCAGACGGGGCGCGGCGAGAGGUCCUGCCAGAUAAGCUCUAGAGGCUGGGGCUGCCCUCCCUGCUGCAUGGAGACCCAGGGGCCACCCCCAGACUGGGGGCCACCUCUGUACCCUCACCUCAGGGUGCCCCAGCCCUCUCGGCAGCAGCUGGGGCGAGCACUCUGAGCUCCGAGGGCCACAACAGCUCUGGCCUCCACGUGAGGUGCACCCCAGUGGGGGGAAUGUGUGUGAGGGGGGCUGAGCUUCCCAGAACGCCUGCCAGGGCUGGGGGUGAAAAAGGGUCAUUACUCCCCCCUACCCAGGACCACUCCAAAGAGUCUUUUUAAAUAAACAAACUAUUUAGGUGC